AUGAAUGUGGAUCGUCUAGAAAAAUCACUUAUUGAUCGAAUUAAAAUAGCUAUACGACAACAAUUAUCAGCAAGACAUGUUCCGGGACUGAUUUUACAAAUACCAGACAUUCCAUAUACAAUUAAUAUGAAAAAAGUUGAAGUACCUAUUCGUCGUAUAAUUGAAGGUAGACAAAUUCAUGCAACUGGUUCAUUAGCUAAUCCAGAUUGUCUUGACUAUUAUCGUAAUAUACCUGAAUUAAAUAAAUGGUAA